UUCCACCCAGUUCUCCCUUUUGGCGCGGCGGAGGCGACUGAGAGAGAGAAGGAGAGAGAUCGAGAUCGGGGACGGAGAGAGCAAAGAAAAAAGGAAAGCAGCGCAGCGUGGACCAAUUCUCGCCACCCAGACGGGCAGAUGGCUUCUCGAUAGAGAGAGAGAGAGAGAGAGAGAGAGAGAAACAGAGUGUUAAUUAGCAGAGCCAGGGGCAUCUUCGUAAAACUAUAGUUUUGAGAGGAGCCGGGUAAAAAUCAAUUCCCAGGGAGGAGGCCGAGAUUCUCGUGGGUGGCGUCGUGGUGGUUCCACAAAUCCAGUCGGCUGCGUGCUUUGCGUGUGCUUAGAAACGAGAGCGAUUCCGGAGAGUUGAGCAGGGAGCUUGUUGCUCUCGCUCAUUCCUUGGCCCCCCCCGGGUUUGGAUUGUCAGAUUUGCAUCCAGGAGCUGUUGCCAUGGCGACGGAUCAGCAUGUGGCUGCGGAGUACAUAUUCAGGUCCAAGCUCCCCGAUAUUCAGAUCCCCAAUCACGUUCCUCUGGCCACGUACUGCCUGGAGCGUGCAGCGGCAGAUCCAGAGCUGGGCGGCAAGGCGGCGCUCAUCGAUGGGCCGACGGGCACGCAGAUGAGCUACGCGCAGCUGGGCGUGGCCAUCCGCAGGGUCGGCGCUGGGCUGGCCAAGCUGGGAAUUGGCAGGGGCGAGGUGGUAAUGCUCCUGCUUCCCAACAGCAUCGAGUUCGUGCUCGUGUUCCUGGGCUGUGCGGUGAGGGGCUGCGUCGCCACCACCGCCAAUCCCUUCUACACCCCGCCCGAGAUUGCAAAGCAGGCCAAGGCGUCGGGCACCAAGCUCAUUGUGACGCUGUCCACGUAUGUGGACAAGGUGUCGGGCAUUGCAGAGGUGAUGAGCAUCGACAGGGAGGUGGAGGGCUGCCUCCACAUAUCGGCGUUGACGCAGGCGGACGAGGGCGAGUGCCCCGCCGUGGACAUCCAGCCCGACGACGUGGUGGCGCUGCCAUUCUCGUCGGGCACCACCGGCCUGCCCAAGGGCGUCAUGCUCACGCACAAGAGCCUCGUCUCCAGCAUCGCCCAGCAGGUGGACGGUGACAACCCCAACCUCUACAUGACGCCCAGCGACGCCGUCCUCUGCGUCCUCCCCAUGUUCCACAUCUACUCGCUCAACUCCAUCCUCCUCUGCUCGCUGCGCACCGCCUCCACCAUCGUCAUCAUGCCCAAGUUCGACCUCACGCAGCUCCUGGAGCUGGUGACGCGCUACUCCAUCUCCAUCGCGCCCAUCGUGCCCCCCAUUGUGCUGGCGCUGGCCAAGAACCCCGCCGUGCUGGCCUACGACCUCAGCAGCAUCCGGAUGGUGCAGUCGGGCGCCGCCCCGCUGGGCAAGGAGAUCGAGGACGCAUUCAGGGCGCGUCUGCCGCGGGCCACCAUCGGGCAGGGCUACGGGAUGACCGAGGCCGGCCCAGUCGUGGCGCUGUGCCUGGCAUUUGCAAAGCACCCCUUCACCGUCAAGCCCGGCUCCUGCGGCACAAUCGUGCGCAAUGCCGACGCCAAGAUUGUGGACCCGGAGACCGGCGCGUCGCUGCCGCGCAACCAGCCGGGGGAGAUGUGCAUCAGGGGCCCCCAGGUCAUGAAAGGCUACCUCGGCGAUCCCGAAUCCACGCGCUCCACCGUGGACAAGGACGGCUGGUUGCACACUGGUGACGUGGCUCUCAUCGACGAUGACGACGAGGUGUUCAUUGUGGACCGGGUCAAGGAGAUUAUCAAGUACAAGGGCUUCCAGGUGGCUCCCGCGGAACUGGAAGCGCUUCUCAUCUCCAACCCAUCCAUUGCCGACGCUGCAGUCGUUGCCAAAAAAGACGAUCUAACGGGCGAAGUGCCGGUUGCGUUUGUCGUGCGGGCGGCCGACUCUCACAUCUCAGAGGACGACAUCAAGGGCUUCGUCUCCAAGCAGGUUGUGUUCUACAAGAAGAUACAUUCCGUCUACUUCGUCGAUUCCAUCCCCAAGAAUCCAUCCGGCAAGAUCCUUCGCAAGGAGCUCAGAAGUAGACUUUCCUCUUAGGUGUUACGAUUCGUUGUCACAAGUCGACUAUUUAUUUUAUACUUGCAGGGCUCGCACGCUCUUUUUGCUUGUA